GUGAACGAGAGGGAGAGAAGAGCAGGGUAAAAGAGGGAGCCACUUGUCCACAAGGAGUUUAGAGUACUUGGCACUAUUUACCUCAGUAGCCAUGGGGUCUCUAACGGGACCCUUGUGUCUGCUUCUGUUUUUCAUGGUGACCCUCCAGACCCAGUACCUCACCCAGGCGAAUAGGAUAAGCACGGAGAAACCGAGCCGCGCUGAUUCAUCUGAGAGCGGGCUUGGAUUGAAGGAGCAUUUUCUGAUUGUUACACAGCACAAUAGGCUGCGCAGCUGGGUCACCCCCAUGGCCGCUAACAUGCAAAAAAUGGACUGGAGUGAGAAGCUGGUUCUACUUGCCCAGGAGAGGGCGGAGUCUUGCCACACAGACCCCUCUCCUCAGGACCAACAGCUCCGCCACAUUGGCUGGAACACCCAUCACUCAGCCCAUGCCACAACUUCAUUUGCUGAGGUCAUUGACUCAUGGUUUGAGGAAGGGAGGGACUUCAUGUACUUGAGUGGGCAAUGCAGAGAGAAUGCUACCUGCCAACACUACACACAGUUGGUGUGGGCCACCUCCAGUAAUGUGGGCUGUGCCAGACAGUUGUGUCUGAGGCGUGAUGCUCUCUGGGAGCUGUUUGUCUGUGCAUACUCUCCUGGGGGUAACUGGGAGGUGAAUGGGAGGUUGGUGGUGCCCUAUGUGUCUGGCUUCUCCUGUUCUCUCUGCACCUCUUCCAUGUCAGGCUGCUUCAGACUGUGGGACCAUGUGGGAGGACUGUGUGAGACCCCCAGGAACCCAUGUCGCAUGAGCUGUGGGCAGCAUGGUCGUCUGAACAUCUCCUCCUGCCAGUGUCAUUGUGGACCUAGGUUCACCGGACGAUUCUGUCAGGUGCGCUGCAGUGUGAAGUGUGUGCAUGGCCGCUACAAAGAAGAGGAGUGCUCCUGCAAGUGUGAUGUUGGUUAUGGGGGUGCUGAGUGUGCAGAGAAGCAGCAGUUUCCCUUCCACAGCUGUGACGUGAGGAUAGAUGGAGAGUGCUUCAUGGUGUCUCCAGAGGUCGACACCUACUAUGGAGCCAAGACCCACUGUCAGGAGCGAGGAGGGAUUCUGGCCCAGAUCCACAACCAGAAAGUUCAGGACAUCCUCGCAUUUUACCUCAGCCAGCUGGAGCCCAGCAACGAGGUCACAGACCCUGACUUUGAGACACGCAACUUCUGGAUCGGGCUGACAUAUAAACCCCUGAAGGACUCUUUCCGCUGGGACUCAGGAGAAAUCCCCACAUACAACAGCUUCGCCUUUGGACAGCCUGACAACCAGGGCUUCGGGAACUGUGUGGAGCUGCAGGCUUCCAGCGCCUUCAACUGGAACGACCAGCGCUGUAAGACAUGCAACCGAUACAUCUGCCAGUAUGGUGAGAGAACACAACUCUACGAGAGACAGAAAGAGACAGAGGUGAGGGAGGGAGAGAGAGGUGGAGUGAAACAGAGAGAUUCUGAGAUAUUCUAAUCAAGGAAAUCUGUCCUCACACUGCAUCCAGACUCAUUACCAUUAGAUGUAGCAUUCACUGAUAUAUCUUAAAACUCUCUAAACCUGCAGGUGGUUUAAAACACCUGUUGGACAUUGACAUCACCGUGACAACAUAUUAAGAGAGACUGACAGCAGCUCGUAAAAACAGACAGAGCGGAGUUCAAACACUAUCGGUAGAAGUUACCAGUACACACAGAUCUAGGAUCAGCUUACUAUCCCCAAAUUCUGACCUUAAAUCAGCAUGCAAGGGAAAGACAUCAGGACCCUAAAUCUUUACCUGGUCUCUCUGGCUGAGGGAUGCUGGAGUCAAAGUGAGUGUUCGGUGUAAAACCCAAGCAGAGAACACAUAAACACAUCACAGCCCUAACUCCUGAUCUGGGUGCAGUGUUUACCGUCUGUGUUUACGAGGGAGAGGCUGUGUGACACGGCCCACACGUUUUAAUGAUACACUCAGCUGGAAUCAAUGGCACUCAGGGCUCCUCAUAAAGAGCCUUUUAGAGAUCGAUAUACGUCAGGCCUACAAUGGAACCAGACACACACACACAUUUCUCCCCUCUAUAAUUCACCAGAGUGAUGGAGUCAGAAUUGGAGGGUGGUAUUGUUUGUUUGGGUUUGGUUAAUUGUGUGCGUUCUAGGCAGGUGUCGAGCGCUGCAAUCUCAUAUUGAUCAUCCAGGGCCGUCCUAAUCCAGUCAGUGUUGCUGGACGUUUUUAACAGCUCACCGUUUAAAAGCUCUGAAUCUUGAUGGAAAACCAUAGGCUUCUUAGAGCGAGAGGCCUUUGUGUACAGAAGGGUCAGUAAAGAGGAUUGGAGAGGAGUGUGUGGGUAGGUGUGUGUGCG